CACUCGCACUCGCACAGCCUGUUUACGAUGCACUCGCACACGCAUUCGCCGCAGGAGACGCAGGCCAAGGCUGAUCUUCUGGAGCAUCACCAGGCCGGGUCGCGCAUAACACUGAUCGGCAUGGGGGCCAACCUGGGGAUGAGCGUGGCCAAGGGCGCAGCUGGCAUCGUGUUCCAUAGCUCGGCGCUGGUGGCAGAUGCAGCGCACUCGCUGAGCGACAUCCUGGGCGAUGUUGUGACGCUGUAUACGUUCCGCAAGUCGAGGCGACCUGUGGAUGCCUCGCAUCCGUUUGGGUAUGGGCGGUAUGAGGCGCUGGGCACGCUGGUGGUCAGUGGGUUCUUGGUUGCGGCUGGAGUUGGAAUUGGCAUGCAUGCGCUGGAGCAAGUGUACUCGCUGCUGCCGAUGCUGUCAAGCACGCCAGCGGCUGCUACGUCGUCGGAGUCGGUGGGCAUGGAUUCCAGAGCCAUCUGGUUUGCUGUCGCAUCGAUUGGAAUCAACGAGGCGCUGUUCCAGGCGACGAUGAAGGUCGGCCGACGCACAAAAUCCGAUGUCCUGGUGGCCAACGCCUGGCACCACCGCAGCGAUGCGCUGACCAGUCUAGUCUCGGUGGGGGCUAUUGGCGGCGCCAUCAUGGGGUUCCCAGUGCUGGAUCCGCUGGGCGGGCUGGUGGUCAGCGCGAUGCUGGCAAAGAGCGGCGGCGAGAUGGCCAUGGACGCCAUCAACGAGAUCACCGAC